AUGAAUCUGGAAAAACUCAGCAAGCCAGAACUCCUAACACUAUUCAGUAUUCUUGAAGGAGAGCUUGAAGCAAGGGACCUCGUUAUAGAAGCUUUAAAGGCCCAACACAGAGAUACUUUCAUUGAAGAACGCUAUGGAAAAUACAACAUCAGUGAUCCUCUAAUGGCACUCCAGAGAGACUUUGAAACCCUAAAAGAGAAGAAUGAUGGCGAGAAGCAGCCAGUGUGCACCAACCCGCUCUCAAUUCUUAAGGUGGUGAUGAAACAGUGCAAGAACAUGCAGGAGCGCAUGCUGUCGCAGCUGGCUGCUGCUGAGAGCCGACACCGCAAGGUAAUUCUAGACCUUGAAGAAGAAAGGCAAAGGCAUGCACAGGACACAGCUGAAGGCGAUGAUGUCACCUACAUGCUGGAGAAGGAGCGAGAGCGGCUGACUCAACAGCUGGAAUUUGAAAAGUCCCAAGUGAAGAAGUUUGAAAAAGAGCAGAAGAAACUCUCCAGUCAGCUGGAAGAGGAGCACUCCCGCCACAAGCAGCUCUCCUCCAUGCUGGUCCGUGAGUGCAAGAAGGCCACCAGCAAGGCGGCGGAGGAGGGCCAGAAGGCGGGAGAGCUGAGCCUGAAACUGGAGAAGGAGAAGAGCCGAGUGAGCAAGCUGGAGGAAGAGCUGGCCGCCGAGCGGAAGCGGGGCUUGCAGACGGAGGCCCAGGUGGAGAAGCAGUUGUCGGAGUUUGACAUUGAAAGGGAACAACUGAGAGCAAAGCUGAACCGAGAAGAGAACCGGACCAGAACUCUGAAGGAAGAAAUGGAGAGCUUGAGGAAGGUAGUGAAGGAUCUAGAGGCUUUGCACCAGCAAAGUGGCCCCAGCGAGCAAGUGAAGAAACCAGUAACUGUGUCUAAAGGCACGGUAACUGAGCCGCCCGUGCUAGUGUCUGUAUUUUGCCAAACAGAGAGUUUUCAGGCAGAGAAGACACAUGGGAGCAGCACGACCAAGGUGACAACCACCGAGCUGCCUGGUCCCACCACUCCCACUUACUCUUAUGCAAAAACCAAUGGACAUUUUGACCCAGAAAUGCAGACUACCAAGGAGUUGAUUGCAGGCAGCAGUGUAGAAAACCAAGUGCCUCCACGAGAGAAGCCUGUGGAAUUGGCGCAAGAAAAAGCAGUAGAGAAUGGUGGGUGUCCUGUGGGAAUAGAGACACCAGUCCCAGCGCCUAGUCAUCUGCCUUCCAGUGGGAGCUCCCCAUCUCCCAGCAGCACUGCCUCUUCCUCUCUCACAUCCUCUCCUUGCUCUUCACCAGUACUAACUAAGCGUUUAUUGGGGUCAUCAGCCAGCAGCCCUGGCUACCAGUCAUCCUACCAAGUAGGGAUCAACCAGCGGUUCCAUGCAGCUCGGCACAAAUUUCAGUCCCAAGCAGAUCAGGACCAACAAGCCAGUGGUCUGCAGAGCCCUCCAUCCAGGGAUCUGUCCCCCACCCUCAUAGACAACUCUGCUGCCAAGCAGCUGGCCCGGAACACGGUCACUCAGGUGCUCUCCAGAUUCACUAACCAACAAGGACCAAUCAAGCCCGUGUCUCCUAACAGCUCUCCCUUUGGCACAGACUACCGAAAUCUGGCCAGCACUGCCAACGCGAGAGGUGACACCAGCCAUUCACCUACUCCAGGAAAGGUGUCCAGUCCUCUGAGCCCCCUGUCUCCAGGGAUCAAGUCCCCUACCAUCCCCAGAGCUGAGAGAGGAAACCCUCCACCCAUCCCACCCAAAAAGCCUGGCCUCACUCCCUCUCCAUCCACUACCAUGCCCCUGACCAAAACUCACUCCCAAGCAUCCUCUUUGGCCACUGCAGAAGACCUUGGUAGCAGCUGCUCUUCUAAUGCUAUUGUCACCAAUGGCAAGGAUGUUGAGAUACUUUUGCCUACCAGCAGCUAG